AUGAAGAAUGGGGUCAUCGUCAUCUCGCCCCUCGCCUCCUCGGUGGCGUCCAUGUUCAACCUCGCGUAUGGGUUCGUCUCCACGUCGUUGUUCAGCAUGCUGGUGACAAAGUUUAGAGCGUCUUCCAUACUCACUUUGACCUACCUCUCCGUGCCUGGCCCGGAGCUGAUGUUCACCUUCCUGAUCCCGUUGCCGACGUCGAACAGCUACUCAACUAUGCCCGGGAAUCUGCAAACUCCUCACCAUCAUCUCCAUCGCCGGGUUCAUCUUAUGGUUCGAGCCGCGCCUCGCGAUGUUGAUGCGGCGCUGAUACAUGCCAUUGCCAACGGGCAUGUAACCGCGUCGAGGCCCACGUCCGCGUACACGACCGGCAGCUCUAGCAGAUGCCGUGGAGCCAAUCGUAGGCAUGCCCUGUCUUACAAUUAUGCAUGUGCCCAAUAUCAUGCCGAGCCGCAUAAUCGCCAUUACAGCGAGCUUGAAACGUCCUCGUCUCCGCUCGGCAACUUGUUCGUGUCGCUGGACUUGAUCUCCUUCCAGUCAAUCCUGAUUAACAUCGCGCAGACAGACAUCAUUUAG